CUUCAAUCCUUCAGUUGCGCCUAGACACUAGACUGAGUCGGUAGGCCUGGUGUGGGACUAUUUGGCUUCGCUAGGUUGGCAAUACGGCGCGUAUUUCGUACUGUGUUUCAUUAUCAUUUCGACCGCCGCGUGAUAGACUGUACGCGCUUCCUUGAACACUAUGAAAAACUAUCACUAGCUCUGUGUAAUCUGUUGUGUGUUGUCUACCACGGUUAUCUACUACCAUUCACCUUGAAAUUAUUAUUUGUGGAAUAAGUUUUAUCGACGACAGUUGUGUUUUGUUCUCUGCUGAGGUGAUUGUGACAUAGAUAACAUUGUUAUCACUGGAUCUCAACAAGUUACCACAAAUAGUUUUAUCUCGAGUUUGACGUGUACGUGCGUGAAAAACGGAUAAAUCGGAAGGUUGUGCUCCAUUUUUCUUAGCGAGAGGAUGGAAAAAAUAUUCAUACUUGUUUGAACUUCUUUAGAAGAAUGAGAAGAGGCUCGUAGGCGGGCGGGCGGGGGCCUGCCUCAACGCUCAACGCGCACCCUGGCUAGGAGCAUCGAUUAUAGAAGUUGUAGAGUGCGAGAAAGUUAUGCAACAGUGUGACAGCGCCCUCUGACAAUUCUAACCGAGUACUUUUAACACAGACCUUAACGUUGAAGUAUAUUACAAUUUCACUCGUUAUGAGUUAGUUCCAAACGGUUUAGUGUGAAGUGUGUGAGAGAUUCUAGUGGAACUGGUCGCUGAAAGACUGUAGUGCGUUUAAAGACUGGUGUUCCAAAAGCAGAGUAGUUAUCGCUUGGAGAAUCCGACUUGAUCAUCAAUCUCAGGAUGCUAAGAUUAUGUUUACAAUCCGAAGGAGGCUCGUUUGCGCAAAGCUAUUCGUGAGAAAAGUCGAGCCGGCGGACAGAGGGUACAGGGGGGCGCCGCGAGUUCCGGCCAGAGGGGCGGAGCCCCUGCAUCAUGGAGCAAGCCCCGUCAAAACAUGAAUUCUCGCCAGCCAAUCUGCAUGCAGAUGGUGGGAGACCAACAGCAGUUGCAGCAUCGUCAACUUCAGCAUCAGCAGUACAUCCAACUCCAGCAGCAGCAGCACCAACAAGCACAACAGCAGCAGCAGCAGUCUUUGCUGCGUUGCAACAAUAGACAGCAGCAGCCGCAGCAGCAGAGCAGUGGAGGUGGAGGUGGAAGUGGCAACACGGCAGCCAACAUGAUGCUUCAGAACUACAACGACUACCUGGACCUGUCCUACCACCAUGUGGCGCAGGCGGCCGACUACACUCUGCUGCCUGAGCACCACCAGUCAGAGUCCUCCUGGUAUUCGUCAACCUUCCUGCAGCAGCAGGGACCUGACCAGACUGCUUCUUCAUCAUCUGCUUACCCAGUCCGAAGUGAAUCCAGAAAGGUGGCGGAAUCCCACGAGUGGAGUUCGCACUUUGCUACUGAAAGCAAUUCUGCCUUCAUCCAUACAAGUGCAGAAAAUUCAGCAGAUAAGGAUGCAAGCCGCAGUGAGGAAUUGGUGGACUCAGCGGGGCGGGGGGGAGGCAGUGACGGUAACGGUGAAUGGGGGUCCUCACCACCCCCACCCCCACCCACAGCCGCAAUGCAUGACAGCCGCAGCCGCAGCUGCAGCCGCAGCUGCAGCGGCUGGCGACCAAGACAAUGGUCCAGUGCCUGGCUCCGACAUCGAGAUGGAGAAUGGAGUGCUUCUUGAGCCGAACCUAUUGGAACAGAAAUCACUGCUCAAUUUGUCACAGCCGAGCCAAGGAAAGCUGCAGUCAGCUUCCGACGGAAAUAGCAGCGGAGGGAGCAAGGAUGGGCUGCGACUGCCCGGAUUCCAUCAGGCGUUCGGGUCGACUGAGAUCGGCCGCUUUUCGCAGCACGAGGAGUUUUUCGAAACUCAGCCGCUGCCCCCGCCGCAGGACCCCAAGGUAAGUGCCGCCUCGGCCGCCAACGCAUCGCAGCCGCCCGCGACCACCAGCAAGAGGGCACGCAACCCCCGCGGACCCCGCAAAAACAAAGUGAAAGAGGAGAAGGCCACUAGAGCUUGGCAGCAGCAACAGGAUAGGGACAGCUGGCCUCCAGAGCAGGACACUGUCCAACCCGCUGUGCCCAGUAGGUCCACCAGUUUCAGUGGAGGGUACGCGUAUUCACACCCCCACAUGCACCAGGAUGAACCUCCCCAGCAUUAUGGACCCCCUCAGCACUGGAGUAUGAGCACUGCCUCACGUUCCAGUCAGCAGGACUGCUACUACCCUCACCCACACUCUCAUGCCAAUGCCAGCAACUCACAGCAGCCCUACUAUCAGCCCUACUAUGGUGCAGUGCCACAGUCUCAGCUGGAUGACUCGGGGCGCACCAGUAGCUACUACCCGUCACCAGCCGCCUCCUACAGGAGUCAUCCCUACUACCAUCCCAACCACUACCCACAUCCCAGCCAUUCACCACAUCCUGGCCAUUCACCACAUCCUGGCCAUUCACCUCAUCCUGGCCAUUCACCACAUCACGGCCAUUCCCCUCAUCCGGGCCAUUCCCCUCAUCCGGGCCAUUCGCCCCACCCCACCCACUCCUACUACAACGCUCACUACGACUACUACAGUAACAGUGGGUACGGCGCGCGUUUGGAGUGUGAACCAAAUGUCUCCUAUCAGCAACAGCAGCAGCACAUGCAUGCCAGUUGGCCCCGACAGGGCUACCCGCCCGUCUGACCUCAGGCCGACACUCACCUCGGCUGCCUCAGGCACAUGGUCGAGAACACCCUCUUCUCAUGAACUAGCACUGUUCCUCACAAGUUUUUAAUGAGCUUAAUUGAUAACUUCGACUUAUUGUAAUGUUAGUUAAAACAAUUAAGUAGAUAGUUCAUAACUUGUAGUAGAAUAAAAUCUCACCAAACAUAAUGAGGCUGAAGCUAUUGAACUGAUGAAGCGUUAGAAAAGCUUUUAAUGUUGAAAUUAAUGUUGUUAUCAAUGAUGAAUGGUAGUGUAACCAUUUUCAAGAUUCCACUUGUAUUAAUUUUCAACAGGAUUUUUUCCUGUUAAUAUGAGAACAAUGGAACAUUGUUGAAAUAAAUGCUGUUAUCAAUGAUGAACGGCAUUUGAAUAACCAUUUUCAAGAUUCCUCUAAUAUUGUCAACAGGAUUCAUUUUCUCCUGUUAAUAUGAAAACAAUAAGUCCAGUAAUCUGUAUGAGGUUAUCUGUAGAACUCUAAAUUAAUAAAAUUGAAUGGGCUAUUAAUAUCCUCACUUCGAUUUUCUCACGAUUUCCUAAAUACAGGUGUUGAGAGUUUGUUGAAACAGUAUAACUGUGAAAUCGGCCAAUGACAGCAUAUUGAGCAUUGGCUGGUAAAUGAAUAUUUGGCCUAAAGAUACUUUGCUUCCCUUCACAAAUUAUUGUGUGAUUAUCUUUAAAAUAUUACUACAUCUGAGUAUUUUUGUAGAUUUGGUGGAUAACAUGAAAAAAUAAUGUGCAGUCAUUGUCGAUUAAAGAAAAAUCAUGUUUUUAAAACAAAUAUAUAAUUUUAGUUGUCAUUUAUUGUGAUUACAUUAGUAAUCAAUUGGUUUUCAAUUUGGUAGGAAUAUAAAUUGAAAGCAAACGUUAUUGACAGUAAUUUUUUAUUUUAAUUUCUGGUCCUUUUUAAUUUCUUAUUUGCAAAUAGAAUCUCAAUCUCAUUUUGGGUUGAAUUUGAGAUUUUCUCUAUAUACUGUAUAUAACCUAAUUAUAAUAUAAAUCAAUUUGUAUCCCUUAAGUUUCAUAAUUAAUUAUUGUAAAGAUAUUGCUUAUGCUAUUAUAUCAAUAUUUAAUCCCAAUAACAUUAUUCAUGACAGCUUCCAAAAUCAAAUGAUAAAACAACUGCCGGAAAUCCAUACCCGGUAUUUGUUACCCAUUCAAUUGAAAAACGUGUACAGUAUUGUUGAUACUAUAAAAAUAUAAAAGUAUAUAUUAGACUCAUAACUAUUAUAUUCAUGAAUUAGUAAGUAGGUAAGAAAUAAUUGUUUCCAGAAGUCUGUUUCUGUAUAUUGGAAUUAAUUAUAUGAUAAUGUGAUUUAUUGUGAUAAUUGAUAACUGAAAGUGGAUUUUUGUAUAAAUCAGAGUUUUAGGUAACCAGACUUCAUACCUUUUAUCCAUAAAUAAUAUCAUUUUUAAGGAGUAAGUGUGUUGUAAUGAGAUAAAACAAUUAUUCUAUCUUGUUUUGUAACUUCAAGUUGCUACAAUAAUAUCAAUUUUAUCACUACCUAUAGACUAUAAAAAUGAUUUAUCAUAUUAUUCUCGUCAACCAAUCAGAAAGUUCAUUAAGGGUUGACGAUAAUAAAUUCUGCUUCUCAUUGAAAAUCUUUUCAAUAUGGAUUACUCAGAAAAAAAUUUUGACAGCCUAAUUUCUCACUACUACUUACCUCUCUCUCUUUUAUCAUUGAAGUUUGAGUAGUUACUGGAAUAGUUCCUGUUUUAACUAUUAAGUAAAAAGUAAUUUACUUUUACUACCAACUGUAUUAAGGAUUAUUAGGGAUUAUACUGUUUAUUGGAUUAUUUAUUAUUAAUCUAUCCGUCAUUAGAAUGAUUUGUCAAUAUUAUUCAAAUGAUUCGUUAUAAUUUAAUUACAAUAUUAUGAUAUUUUAUAAUGACUGCUAUGUUGGGAUAAGUUUACAGAAUUCUAUAAAUUUAUCUAAACUUGCAGAGUUUGUUAUUGUGUUUCCAAAACAACUCAAUACAAUAAUAUUAUUAGUUGUGAUAAGAUAAUUAAGUUUUACUAAUUAACGAAAUCGGACUAGAUUAAGUUUGUUUAAAAAAAUAGUAUAUUUUAUUUUUUGUUGGUUUUGUUAUUGUACAGGGUUUUUUGUGAAUUUUAAGUUAUCAUUGGUCAUAUCUCGGUUGCGAUAUGAAAGAAUUGAGUUGAUUAUGUUUUUUGUGUAUAUUGAGUUAUAAUAUUGAAUCAUAUCUAAGUUACGAUAUGAAUUAAUUAAGUUUAUUAUUAGAUAAGUUGUUUACUUCCAUGGUCACACUACUAGCUAAGCUCAUUGGUUUGAUCUUCCAGAUAAUAAAUGUCAGUUUGUUGAGUAUUCAUUUCUUGGCACCCAGUGUGCUUGUAGUUGUUCGACUACUCAAGCACUCUACUCAAUGAUUACAGUCUUCAUUCGAAUAAGGAUCAGAACUGUUGACAUUUGCUCAUUGAUUGUUUACAUUUUGAUAAAUAAUAUCAAUAAUCAAACUGCGGGGGGGGGAUGAUGGCCUUGUCACAAACGAUGAUCCUCAUUGAAGAAUCUUGUUUUCAAUUUAUAUUCAUUCACAUUCAUUUAGUUAUAUAUUUCUGGAUAUAGUUUGUCAGUAGAAUCAUUUACUAUUUUGAUAAUACUGAGUGAUGCUUCCAUAAUUAUUUGUCUUCCGAUUGCAAUUAAUAAUGUGUAUUUGUUCUUAUAUUGCUGUAUUAAUUUGUAGGAUGUAACAAUUGUCUUGCUAAUUAAUAUUUAUUCAAAUGGUUAUUCUUAAUAGAAAUCAUCAAAAAUUUGCAAUACUAUAUUAUCAAUAUAGAAAAAAUGAAUUCGUUAAGCCAUAUUUUAAACAAAAAUUAUGUACUUCCAUGCUUUAUUGUUAGCCCAAAUUGGCCCAAAUGUUUUCCAUUUAUUUAUAUUUUACUGAAAUUGAAUAUUUAGUUCUAGAUUUAUCACCAAAACCAUGUUCAUUUUGAACAAUGAAUACCUCAUGCCAAAGUUACUUUCCAAAGCCGUUAGUAUGUUUGGUACCGCUUAGCUAAAAGCCAACAACUUUUAAAUUUAAGUAUAAAUUGAAGUGUUGUCAAUGUAACGUAAUUUAUAUACUAUUUUUCAAGCACUUAUUAGAAGGAUGGUAAUUUUACACUCCAUAUUAAGAAGAUGAUAAUAAUGAUUUAUUUGCAAUUAAUGUGAAGAAACAUUAGGGAAAUUAUGUUAUGUGCACUGUUUUUUCAAGUUCAAAAAAAUAAUGUCCAGUUCUUAUCAAGAUAUAAAAUGAGGUACCUUCGACUUGCUAUUAAAAUUGAAUACCAAAUCCUUGAUACUAACUACUAAAUCAAUAGAGAAACUUUUAAACUUAUUGUGCCUUUUAAAAGUGUACUGUUUGAAAAUCUAGUGGAAGUCGUAUAAAUAACUUGAGCAGUAAUCUUUAUAACAGUUAUUGAUAGAAUGGUAAAUUAUUGUAUUGUAGCUAUAUUCAGACAUUAUUGAACCAUUAAAUAUUAGUGAAUAAAUAUACAAUUAUUAGAUUGGCAUUAAAAACCAAAUAAUGUAACAAACUAAAACGUUAAAUUUAUAAUAUUCGAUGAUUUCCAAAAUAAUAGAGUGAGAGCUCAUCCAUUAAAAACCCUGAAUGAUAAAAAUCAUAGAUAAAAAAUCUUGUGAAGCUUGAUAAAACUUUGAAUGAAUUUAUAUUUUCUGGCAAUAAAUUCAAAUCAAAAAACGACUAAUAAAAUGAAAGGUUUUGAAAUUUGGAUUUGAAUGAGGUUUUCGAUUGAGCACUUUUUGUAGAAAAUAAUCGUUUGUACCAAUAUAAUAAUACAAGAUAGACAUUAUUCAAGAAGCCAUUGUGAUGUUGGAUUGAAGUGAUGAAUCAUUACUGCUUCAUUAGUACAACGUAUAUCACUUCUUCCACAUCAUAAAUGUAUAAUAAAUUAGCCAAUUAGGUGAUCGCAUUUUGGGUUUGAUUCACCAUUUGCAUUUGAAAAUUUAUUUUUGAUGAAUAUCCUAAAAAGUUGUUGAAUAUUGUUGAUGAACUUUCAAUAAUUUCUCUAUUGAUUAACCGUGAAACUUGAUUAACCAAUUUUAGUAGACAUUGUAGUCUUGAAUAAAUGCAUUUGACGUGAAAUACAUAUCACAUUCUGAACUGUUUGGUGAAAUGUUCAAACUUCAAGGACGUAAAGUACAAAAUAAAUGAAGUCCAACUAUGAUACAGUAAUUCAAAAUAGGCUACAUAACAAACUUUGAUUAUCCCCAAUACAGUAAUUGAAAUUUUAUUACAUUUACAAAUCCAUUCUCAUGCUAUUGACCUUCAUAAUUUAGAAUAAAUUAUUAUGAAUACUUAAAUUCUAUUAUAACAUGUUUUGUGAACUUUUUUUUAAAUAAUAGCGUACAUAAAUUCAGAUGCAUGCAAUUCCUAUCAAAGUGGUGACUAAUUCUGAAAAAAAUUUCUACAACAUAAUAACAAUAUUCGCAUGAUCUUUUUUUAACAAUCAUUAAUGGCAUUUUACGAUAUGACUAGCUCAAUAGAAGUUGAUUGAGGUUCAUCUCGGAUCUUUAGAGAGAAAAAAAUCUUUAAAAAGUUAAAUUUUAACUGCCGUUUGUGCAACACGCUUUUAAAUUCAUUAUCAAUAUUUUAAUGGUAUGUCCUUGUUAAUAUCUACUAUACCGCCUAUAUAAUAGUCUCAUUAAAAAAUUAAUAAUCUUAUGAAUCAAUUAUUAAUUACCGUAAUUCUCUAAAAUAGAUUUUUAAAAUUUUAAAAUAUUUUUCGUUAUAUAUUAUUUUUGUUGGAAAUAUAAUUCAUUCAUCUGAAACUUGGAGAUUUACAUAAUUUGCUAAGGAGCAUCUUAAAAACAUUGAAUAAAAAAUGGAUCCCUCUAUCAGCAUUUAAUUGUAAAAAUUGGUUGAAAUUUAUAUAAGGUUAUUUCAUUAUUAUUGUAUGAUUAUUAAUAAAUUAUUGAUUACUGUACCUGCAAAUUAUUUGUGAAUUUAUCGGUCACCUUCCAUUAUUUUUGAUAAUUUAGUGUAAUCUGUGAAUCUAGAAUCUAAGUACAAUUAUAUGAAUACAUAUUGUAAAUUUUUCAGAUUUAUCUCACUAAUAUAUCAGACCCAAAUAAUUUUGAAUGAAAAUUUGCCAUUACAAUAUUUAUAUGUAAGAGAUGUAGUGAGAUGUAAAGAGAAAAAUAAUUGUCCUACAGACAUGUGCCUUAACCUUAUUAGAUAAAGUAAUCUCAAUAAAAUGUUACUUUAUAAAAAUAGAAGAAGGUUAGUUAGCAACAUCUCUGUAUAUGUCCACAACAAUUUGUCUAGUUAAAAUAAUGUUUAAUGAUUGUAUAUGUGACCGUACCAAACUUGUUGAGAAAUUGAUAGAAUGCAUUAUUACUAGAAUACGAAUUGGGAACAAAUUGUUAGUUUAAUAAUAGAUUAGUGUCCUUCAUUUUUGGUGAUGUAGGAAACUCUUCCGAUGUCAAUCAAAAAUAUGAAACAUUGUAUUGAUCAAUUCAGGGAUAUGGCUAAAUAACUUUUACUAUAAUGUGUAUUCAAUUAUUAUAUCGCAUAUUCAUCUAGGCUACUGAAAAUAUUCAUUUAUUUUCAAUUGAAUUUUUUCAUAAAUCCACGUUAAACUUCGUUGAUGAAUAGAGUUGAUCGAUUUGUUAAGUUUGUACCAAAAGAUGAAGAAAUCAUUAUUGUCCGGAAUUUAUUCAUGACUACCUGGAUGAGGAAUCCAGCUUUGAACAAGCUUUGAAUUUCCCAUAUCCUUUCCUGACUCGUAUACUCACCCCAAGUUAGUUCAACUGUGAGAACUGGAAUACAUCUCUUCUUAAGAUUGAGGGGGUAAAAGACUGGAGACUAUAGAAAAGAUCUUCCAAGGACAAUUACGAUUUUUCAGCUCAACUAGUUUGAAUCCAGACUCCUCUUGAGCCUUUCCACAUAUGCUAUCAGUGACGUAAUAUCUUCUAUCGUUUCAUAGUAUUGUAAUUUUAAUUAUCAUGGCUUCCAAUUAUAAUAUCCACUUAUAUUCUUCCAAGAUGAUUUACCAUAUAAUAUAUAUAUUGAAAUAGUACAAUGCGUGAGUUCAAAUGAUGAACAUUUUUCGUUUGCCAGUUACAUUUUGCCAGUAAGGUUUGAAAUGACUUUUAUAUUGAUAUAAUGCUUUUCAUUUGCUAUUAUAGGCACCGUAUAUGUGAUGAUUAAAAAAAUGUUAGAUAAGGAUAUGAAUUUUAUUAUUUGUAUGUAAAUAAUUGAACCGUAUUUCCCAUUGUGCCAAGAGUUUUCAUAAAAUAAAAUAAUGAUAUAGCGUUAUAUAUAAUUUAAGCGAAAUAAAUCUAUUAUGUAUGUUAGCUGGUAUCGGUUGUUUGACUAUGUAUAGACAAUUUUAGCGUUUCUGGAAGAAGAACGUAGUUUUAGAAAAUUAUAAUAGAAAUAGGAAUUUUGCGUAAUUUGUCCGUAAUAAAAUGACAUCAAUUACUAUGUCAAACUGUAACUCCUCGGAUAAGUGUUUGUAUCGGGUGGCUGGUUAAUAUAUUUAAUUUAUAAUUCCUCUAUCAAGUAUAUUUUAUUCAUUACAUUAUAUCUUUAUUUUCUCGAAGAAAAUUGUUUCAAAACAUGUUGUAGCAAACUAAAUAAAAACAUAAUUAUGUUACUGUUAAUCUUUUUUAAUACUUACCAUUACAUUAGUUAUUCAUCAAUGUCUGUGUUUACCAUUUUUAAAGACAUUGUUAUUUUAUAUCAGAAUGAAUUUUAUAAAAAAUAAUUUCCAAUUCUAAGAUAAUUGUAUAAUUUGUAAAAUUAUUUUACAAUUUCUAACUGAAAUUAUUUCUAAGUGUACUCAUCUCAUCAGUUAUCCCUCAGGAAGUUUCUACGUGUUUGAUAAUGAUUUUUCGAAUAAUAAGUAAAUUUUCAGUUAGGCCUAUAACCAGCUGCCCAAUUAUUUAACAUCAACAUUGGGAGUUUUGAAUGAGUAUUUAGUAUAAUAAUUAAUUUUUAGUGAGACCACAGUCAGUCAACAUUGUUUUUAUAUAAUGCCAAGAAGUAUUCAAGCGUAGAGCUCCACCAAAAAGUAAUAUCUUACUUGCUUGUCAUUGUUAUGCCAAGUGAACGUGAUAUCAAAAAGAAUAUAGCCCUACCUUAUCUAAAAUUAUUCAAGGUAUGCGAUAAUUAUAAUAAAGGACUUAUUCUAUCAUGGAAUCACCUCAAAUAGGCUACUUAUUUAUUAUUGCAGUAUUUCAACUUGAGCUGUAGAGCAGAAUUUUUAUUGAUUGGCCUAUAACUUAUUUAUUGAAGUCAUAAUUUUGAUAAGAUUUCUCUGAAGAGAUCGUUUCUUUAACUUCAAUUAAGAAGACCUCGUUGGAACUUAAUUUCAUGAUUUGAUUUUUUAAAUGAAUUACAGGAUAACGUACGGUAUUCACUGUUGAUAUGUUGUAUAGUGUUUUGGAUCCGAAUGUGUACUAUAAACUCUCGUUCUUCAGGAAGCAAUAAUCUUCCUGGUCUUGAAAGGUAGAUCCUGUUGUUUGUAGAUACUGUAUAUUAUUGAUACAGUAUCAUUGAUCAAUUCCAAGAUAAUGUUUCAUUCACAUCGCUCUGUCAAUAUUUGUGAGUUCAAUUUUUCCAAACUACACAAGUCCUGAAAGAUUGAAUGUAUUCAAAAUUUUUGAUUUACCUUGGUAUUAUUAAAACUGAUAUUGACUGACUGACUAUGCUUUGGGCUUGAUAUAAUAUAUAGUCAUUAAUAAUGUCGAAUUUAAAUUAAUGAGCUCAAGAUUUGAGGACCAAUGGGGUGUGUCUUAUUGUGAUGAUUUGUUUGUAUCGCUGGAUUUAUCAUACUAUUGUUAACUAACGAUUCGAGCGGUAAUUAUUUUAUUUAUAUAUUACAAGAGAAUUGUGAAAUUUGAAUCAUACUAUAAGAUCCCAUCAAUAUUCUAUUGCGAGUUCUAAUUUUAUUCUCUCGAAUAAUUUAUCUUGAAGUAAACAAUUAAAAAAUAAUAGGCUAUUAUUAAUAGGCUUUGUGGUUUUAUGUUACUCUAGUUGUUGGUACCGGUAUUGGCGAUUCACUUCAAAACUGUAAAUGCUUAUAAAAAUCUAAAUGUCUAUUACAAGAUGUGAUGUCACCUAUAACUUAUUAUCACAAAUAUACAAGUGUAGACAUUAUUGUCUGUGGUAUUGGUAUGAAACUAGAUUGAACUUAUGAAUUGUAAAAAAUGUAAUUUUCAAUAUAUUUUAUUUGAAACUGUUCACUACUCAGUACUCAGUUUCUAUUAGUACAUCAGAAGAAAUACUAAUUUAUAGUAUCUCUAAUUAUCUCUAAUUUAUACUCUCUGCUACCAGUUAUUACUAAUAUUACGCGAUGUCUUAAUUUCAUUGUUUUAGUAGAACAAUUUUGAAUGUUCAUGAAUCGACAAUACCGAUCAACUUCGAAGCGAUACUGUAAUAUUAAUUUUUAUCUAUUUAUACUUAGUAUGAAUUGAUGGAACUUUAUCGAUUUCAUUUGAUUUUUUAUUUCCACAAUUAUAAAUGGUACAUAACCAAGAGGACUGCGAUAUUUCUACUAAUUCAUUUGAAAUUGUAAACUGAAAUGCUAGUUCAACAAAGUAAAGCUAUUUUAAUAUUAUUAUUUUUCCUAAUGACCUAAUGACAAUGGUAUUUUUAUAAAUAACCAACAACAGCAUUGAUCAUUGGUUUUAUAUAUUGUAAUACUUAUUUCCAAAAUUUCAUCAAUCACAUUAUUAUUAUCUAUUAACUGAGUUGGACUUUACUCUCUACUGACUGCUCACAAGAUACCAUAUAAUUUAGAAAUGUUACCAUAAUUGAUUAAAAUCAGUCAUCAGAUAAUUCCUAAACACUUUGACAGUUUAUGUCUUUGAAAAUCCCGUUUUCCCAUAAAAGAUUGAAUUUUGCAUUUUCUCCAAGUUCUCCAUAAUUUAGAAGUUCUUCAGAACUUCAUGAGCUCUUAUGAGUUAUAGCAGCCCUAUUUAUUGUUCCAUGUCAUCUACGUAUACACGUUAUCUUCAAAACCAUUCAUGCUAUUUAGUAUAGGAUAG